GCGCAAAAAUUCAAAAGCUGAACAGGAAUUCAGAAAGUGCUGCUCCUUUCUCUCCUUUUGUUAAAAUUCAAAAGCAAGUGUCCUCCGUCUGAAGGGCCUCGUCAGAACUUUGAACCCAUAAGACAGAAUGAGUGCGACAUGCACGCCCGUCUCCCGGGUCCGUCCGGGAUGGAACUCAUCCUCUCUGAACAAGAACCAAGGUCUGUCGCCGGCAGCCUGCAGCACACCGCUGCUGGCUGCCUUCCCUGGCAACGACGACGAGCAGGAACGCCGGCAGCGCAGGAGAUCAAGAGUGAUCGACCUUCAAGCUGCCAACGAUUCAUCCUUCACUGACUCUGGGUCUCACAGUGCCGUGGGGACUCCUGCUGCUGUACCCAAGCUGUCCAAUGCUCAGAUCUCAGAGCAUUACUCCACAUGCAUAAAGCUUUCAACUGAGAAUAAAAUCACCACCAAAAAUGCUUUUGGUCUGCAUCUGAUUGAUUACAUGGCCGAUAUUCUAAAGCAAAAGGAUUCUGAGAUCACCAACUUCAAGGUGGCAGCUGGUACUCUGGAUGCCAGUACAAAGAUCUAUGCUGUGAGAGUGGAUGCUGUUCAUGCUGAUGCCUACAGAGUGUUGGGCGGUCUUGGGGCUGAAACGAAACCUGGAGAAGAUCACGGUUUGAAAGAUGAGGACGUGGAUGGAGACAAGGCAGCUGGAGGAGACAUGACUGCCAAGCAGCCAAAGAAAAAGAGGCCUCCUAAAAAGACAGUGGAGCAGAACCUGAGCAACAUCAACUGUGCAGAUUCUGAGAGGAGAUGUGAGGUGGACCCCAUGUUUCAGCGGAUGGCCUCAUCCUUCGAUGAGAGCAGCACAGCGGGGGUCUUUCUAUCCGUUCUGUUCAGUGAGAGCAGUCGCUGCGAGCUGCUGUUUCCCUCACACAUGACCCUCCUGCAGUCCACACCCUCCUACUCUCCACCGACUCCACAGAGAGUUUCUGCAUCACUGUUCAAGGCUGCGCUGCAGCGUUCCCAGCAGAAGAGCUGCAUCUGCCCCUCACUGCAAGACUUCUCAUUCACAAGCUGGAACCCUGAGCAGACCAUGAACCAGCUGCUGGAGAAGAUGAAGCAGGGCGAACACGUGUUUGACGUGAAUGCUGAGCCGGAGCCGGAAGAAGACGACUGCCCUGACUUUGAUGCUGAUUAUGAAGAGGGACUAGCUGACUGUGAGGAAGGAUCAAAGGAACACAAGGAGGGCUGCGAAUCGUCCGGCCCCAGCAAAGGAAGGGACGUGAUUCCCAUCGGAGAAGGAGACAUCGCUACCAUGUGUCUGCAGCUUUCCUCUCAGCCCAGGGAAUAUUCUUACUUCAGCCCGAGAACCAUGGCAGCCUGGGCCGGCCCCGGAUACUGGCAGUUCAAACCGAAACACAAACUGGAUCAUGUUCCUGACAAAGAGACCAGAAAAAGGAAGCCCAAGAAGACCUUUGAAAUAGACUUCAACGAUGAUGUCAACUUUGACACGUACUUCCGCACCACAAGGGCGGCCACCACUAACAGUAAGUCCGCCCUCAGCGCCAGCAACAAGAAGACGACCCUGCCUGCCAAUUUCAAGUUUGCCCCAGAGAUUCUCUCCCAGCUCAGCCUCAAACCGUCCAGCUCGUUGAGUCAAGAGGCCCAGAAGAGGCUGUCUGGAGAGCUUGGAGAAGGAAUCGGGGAUUACGACUACAACAACGCCAACGACACAGCCAACUUCUGUCCUGGUCUUCAGGGUGGUGACAGUGAUGACGACGUCGAAGGGUUUGGUGGUUCAGAUGACACUCAGCCUUCAGGUGACGGUCUGUCUCAGCCCUCGCAAGACCUGGAGGGAGUUUCCACAUACGGGGAGGAAGAUCUGGUGCCUGAGCCACACAGGGUGAACAAAAUAGAAAUCAACUACGCCAAGACAGCGAAGAAAAUGGACAUGAAGAGGCUGAAGAACAGCAUGUGGACUCUGCUGACUGACAGCCCAGAAAAACCUAGACAGCAGGUGGAGGACAGUGCAGAGGCUCCAGUGUGUGGAGAGAAAGCCUUCAGUCAGACCACAAAGACUCUGCUUCAAAGAUUACCCAGCAGUAUGGCUCAGAACCUGUCGGUGCCACUGGCGUUUGUUGCCCUGCUGCAUCUCGCUAAUGAAAAGAACCUGGAGCUGGUGAAGGUUGAUGACAUGUCAGAUAUCAUCAUCAGACAAGGCCAGUGACCAGAACGGAGGAUUUGAACGAAGAUUCGCAAUUUUUUGUUGUUGUUGUUGUUUCUACAGCCUUAUUUUUCAUACUCAGUGUUUAUCUAAAACUUCUUUCUUUUUUUCUAAAAUAUGUUUUUAAGUGUCUUUCCUUAUCUCCGUGUAAUGAAGAUAAUCUGCUUUUGCUCCCUCCUUUCUCAACUCUUUUCUCUGUCUUGUCUGUGUAGAUGAUUAUAACAGCUCAAUCAGUGCUCAAAAAAUUAAUUGUCAAAAUAAAUGCUUUCUUUUUCAUAAA